AUGGCGUUCGAUAUCUAUGCUGAAGGCGGCACGGACAUGCUGCUGUCGCGCGCCAGGCUGCUCGAGAUCAUGGAUAGCCUGGGCACCAGCUUGCCCGAGGAGCUUCGACACGUUCGCCGAGCCGAGCCUGCAGUCGAACAGUCGGGGGAUCAUGCUUGCCUCGGUCGCUCGACAUCGUCGUCUGACAACUGGAGGGAGACGGUGGCGGCAGGUCCAAGCCACGCCAACGAGCACUGGAAGCCAUCCGCCGGCUCGACCGAGUUCGAGGCCGAGUGGGCGCGUCUCCCACCGGCCAUCACAGCCCUACCGAGCUUCUUCAAGAUCAAGCAGCUCGUCAUGCGUAACUCGUCAGGCCGGUGCACCUUCCAACGCUCCCUUGCCGUGAUGGCGAACGGCAUCGACCAUUGCUUCAAGUCACGCCCCGCCUUUCGUCACAUCUUGCUCGACCUGGACAACGAGUCGCAGGAGGCGCUCUUCGAUUCGGUCGAGUAUGCUGGGCUUCUUCCGCCCCAACCCGAUCUCGUGACCCUCUCCGAGGCCCUAUGGGAGUCGCACUUCGGCAUCCCGCGCAAUCUAGCUUGGUACACGGCACCCGCCGAGUCGCCCUGUGGAGUCACCAGCUGCGUUUCGACGCGCUUUGCGCCGCCGAUGCCAAUGGUCCUCGGCCUUGCACGCUUCGCGAUCGACUCGCCUUCGGACGUGGUCCAUUGUGCAGUGGCCGGCACAAAGCGUCCUCUCAGCAUGGUCGGUCCCGGAACAGGUCUGCUCUACGCAGUUGUGCAAGGCACGCUCUUGCUCGUUUCGUGGCCGGGCACGGACAGGAACUUUGACACCUGGUAUCGCCUAAGCCGCAGCAUCAUGACGAAUCAGCUCGACCAUCUGGACGAGCUCGAGGAUCCCCGCAUCAACAUGCUGCGGACAGGCGACGUGGUGUACCUGUCUGCUGGCACGAUCAAUCUGAUGAUCGCCUUCACUCACGUGUGCAUGACCAGUCGCCAGGUUCUCAACCCGACGACAAAGGAAGUCUCCUGUGUCGUCCGCUGCUGCAACCGGCUGAUGGAUACGUACGUCGACAAGCAGAACCUGGGCUACUCACCGUUCGACGACAUGGAGGUCGAGAGGAUGGAUGCCAACAUGCUCAUGUGGUCCGCGCUCUUCACGCAUCUCGGCACCCACAGCUUGCACAAGGAAAGCGACAGCCGCCUCGCCUUUUACACAUCCACAAGUGGGUCGCUCAGCCUCCCCAAGCCCAUCAGCAAGGUCAUGCAAGUGUUUGCACGAGGCCUUACGCAGAUCGACCAAAAGAUCAGCCGUUACCGCACUCUUGUGGAGGCAACCGACAGCAAGCGCUCGGAUCAUGGACCCGGCUGCCAAUGCUCACACAGCCGACCACUGCAGACCCUGAAUGCCGUGGCAAGGUUAUCCUCGGCAGCCGAUGAGGACCAGGCGACGGCCUCACCGCCCAAGGAUUCCAUGCCCGACUUGUUGCGCCUAUACGCGCGAGCUGGAACGUCAACGAAGGGCAAAGAGCGCGCACCGGGCUAG